AUGAUCGAAAAGAAUUCGUCAACAUUUGAAGUAAUUCGACAACAUAUCGAAACUGAUUUGAACGCAUCGCAAUGGAAUGUACAAAGAGUUCGCGAUGUUCUUGACAAAAACAAAUCGCCGGAAUACCGGACUGCAGUGGAACAUGCAUUUCGAUCGGUUCUUUUUCGUUUAAUGGAACAGCAAGUAGAGAUAACACAUGGUACAAAUCUUGAUGAUAUGGAAACAUCAACUUUUGUUACCGAUCAAUUUUUGGCUAGUGUUCGUCAUCUUAUUGGAUGUGCUAUCGAAGCAGUUCAUAGUGAAUUUGCUGCUGCGGCAAUGCCCAUUUAUCUGUUCAAUGACUUAUUCGCUUAUACAACGAUCGAUGUCGGUGAAAGAAUCUUUAUUGUGUUGGAAGAAAAUGCCUCAGUUUGGCGAUCGGCGACGUUUUUCCCAUCGGUGAAAAAUGUACUUCUUAGAAUGUGCAAUGAUUUACUGAAACGUUUAUCGAAAAUGCAAAAAACGGUCUUUUCCGGACGUAUAUUAACAUUUCUGGCACAACUUUUUCCUUUGAAUGAAAAGUCGGGUUUGAAUCAAAUCGGUCAUUUCAACACAGACAAUGUGACAAAACUAACGAAAACCAAGCAAGCUGUUUCGCCUGUUGAAGAAGUUGAAAAAGAAAAGAAAAUGGAAGUGGAUGAAGAUGGAGAAAUUCAUGAUUUACAUCAGAAAAAUUCAGCUGAAUUCUAUUCAAAUUUUUGGAUGUUACAAGACUAUUUCUCAAAGCCAUUUCAACUUUGGGAGCGAACAUCAUGGAACACUUUUGUACAUAAUGCAAAUCAAGUUCUGGAAAUAUUUGUUAACAAUCAAUUAGACAAUGUGAAAACAGUUUCAUCAACUGAUGAUUCAUUCUUUGCGAAGUAUUUAACAAGUGAAAAACUAUUGGAAUUACAAUUGAAUGAUGUGACAUUUCGUCAAAACAUUCUCGUUCAGUUUCUUAUUGUUUUUCAAUAUCUUGUUUUACCUGUGAAAUUCAAACAACCACAUCAAACUCUCAAUGAAGAACAAUCUCAAUGGAUUAAAAGAACAACACAUCAAAUUAAUGAAUUACUUAAACAAACAGGGACAAAUGCCGAGAUAUUCACAGUUUCGAUUCAGCAUAUACUCAAACGAGAGGAAAUGUGGAAUCUAUGGAAAAAUAAUGGUUGUCCAGAUUUUUCCAAGGCGAAACUUGAUUUGAAGAAAAAGAAUGCAUCGCAAACCUAUGCACCAUAUCGAUUAUCCGAUAGUAUUCGACAAUCGAUUCAACAAUCAUCGAAACGUCGUGCAAUGAACUUUGAAGAUCUACGCAAUCCUUCUCAACAAUACGUUCCAUCCAUUCGUCAAUUUUUCGAUCCUAUUAUUGAACAACUUCAAGAAGUGUCCUCAAAACUGUCCAAUAAUGAUUCUCAAGAAAACAAACAACCAACAGCACAAGAUAUCGAUAAAGAACGAGAAAAAUUUCUGCAAGAAGAUUCUUCACUCAUUUGGCGUGCAUUACGUUUAUUAGCUCGUCAAUCUCCAUACUUUUUCGUUCAAAAUGCUCAAACAGUUCCAAGUAUGGCGCAAUUCCUUGUCACAACAUGUGAAAAAAUUCGACGUGAACAUAUGACUUCGUCAACAACAACGUCGACGGCAACAGCAAGCACCAAUUCUACUGUUCCAUCGGCAACAUCGACAACAAAUGGAGAUGAAGAAGAAGAAGAUACUAAUAUUGACGACGAACCCUUAGAAAAUCCUCCUAGCACAGGUGAAACAACAAACACUGACCAGGAAACAGAAGAAGAAGCAACAACAACGACAACAUCGACACCUGUCGCACCCAAAGUCGAUGAAGAUGACGAUGAUGACAAUCGCGAGCGACGAUUUUCAUUAGCCAAACGAACAUCCACAUAA